GAUUUGUGUACUCAGGAAAAAUGGAUUGAGUAUUCUUUUAGCUUUCUUUGUUGUCUUUUAAUAAUGUGAAUACAGUAAACGUACUUCCAAUUAAUAUUAUUGCCACAAAGAAAUAACGUGUAACAUUAGGGCACUACAAAGUUUAGCAAAAUGAUGCAAUUCAUGCUGCUGUUUAGCCGCCAGGGCAAGCUGCGGCUGCAGAAGUGGUAUGUGGCGCACCCUGACAAGCUAAAGAAAAAGAUCACGCGCGAGCUCAUCACCACAGUGCUGGCGCGCAAGCCCAAGAUGUGCUCCUUCCUCGAGUGGAAGGAUGUCAAAGUGGUUUAUAAGAGGUAUGCGUCUCUGUACUUCUGCUGUGCUAUGGAGCAGGAGGAUAACGAGCUACUGACGCUGGAGCUCAUACACCGCUAUGUGGAGUUGCUCGACAAGUACUUUGGCAGUGUGUGCGAGCUGGACAUCAUCUUCAACUUCGAGAAGGCGUACUUCAUCCUGGAUGAGCUGGUGCUGGGCGGCGAGCUGCAGGAGACCAGCAAGAAGAACGUGCUCAAGGCCAUCGCGGCGCAGGACCUGCUGCAGGAGGAGGAGACUCCGCAGGGCUUCUUCGAGGACCACGGCCUCGGCUAAACCUGCCGACCCCGGCGAAGUGAAUAGCUAGUUUAGUGAUACUGCUUAGAGGCAAGGAAUACGGACUUUUUUUAAAUGACUAUAGAGCUCUGAGUUUUAAGUCUUAUAGUAUUCUGUGAUUCCACGAAUAAGCCACUGUGCGGCGAUUUUAAACGGUGCACAUUAGCCCCUGAACUCAAGGCAAGUUGCACUACAGAAAGUAAUCGUUAACUUAAACUAGGAAGAAACGUGGGUUACAAAAGACAAGUGGUAAAACAUUAAAGAACCCUGACUUACACAACCCAAAAAUACUUUUUUUUUGGUGGCCAAAGUUAACGGCAACCGCCUGUUGUACAACAACUAGCCCGAUAGUUUAAGACUAUGAAAUUUAGAAAAUUUGAGCAAACAAAGCAAAUAAAGUUAGAUAUUCUUGAAACAAAAGUUUAUCUAAAUAAUAACUAGGUCUGUAUUCUUUUCCUCUUAAGUAAAAUUUUGAUAUUCUACACUUUCAACCCUACGUUUUAUGCAUUCAUGUUCUGUUUAUAUUUUGACAAAUGUCCAGUCUACAAAGAUCUAUCAAUUUUAACUAUACAGUUGUUUAUACUAUAAGUUCAUUAAAAUUAUAUAAAUGUACUUAAUGCAAAAUUGUCCCAAUGUAUCAAUAUGCACUUAAAUUAACUAAAGUUAUAUUUUGCGUAGUCCAAAAAAUGUUUAGUGUAUUAAUUAAGAUCAUUAGUUACUAAGCGAUAGGUAAGUCAUAUUGUGAUUCUAAUUCUGUUGUUCACAAAACUGAAUUUUAUUUAUUUUAGUCCUGUGUAUUUUACCAAAACUAAAUCUAAUAUUAUGGUACUAGUUUUUAAUUUUGGUUUGAAUCGCUUUGGAAACUAACUAAUUUUAUAAACUUAGAUUUUAGUAAACUUUGGCAUUAGAUGUGCCAAAAAUUACCAACAAGUUAAGUUUGUUUACUUACUUAGUUUUUAAGUACCUACCUAAUUUGGAUAUGUGAAUUUUUUUAGAACUUAAAAUUUCAUACGUUCUCAGAGAAGUUUUAGUUUUGUUUACCACAGAAUUAGUGUUUACUUUCGCAUAAUUCCACACGCUUGUUCUAUUGUUAUAAUAUCAUGAUACUUAAGUACUUAAGUUUUAUUGUUAUAAUAUUUUAUAAAAUGACGGCAGCUUUAUUAUUAUUCCUGCUUAGUGCUAGGCACUCUGGUUUGUACUUAUUGGUCCUGGAUGAAUACUUAUCUCCUGUUUGAAACAAUCAAAUUCUUAGGCAAUCACUGACUGGUUCUGUUGCCCACAAUCUCUAAACUAAAAAAAAUUCAAGUCAGAAUCCCUGUCCCUUUCAUAACGCUCCCUGUGGAAAAGGAUAGCUCUAGAUUUAGACUUGUCAAUUUAGUUGAGUGAGAUUGUGUACGAAUUUCCAUUAUUCACCUUGUUUUGAUUCAAGGUAAACUAAAUAUCCGUUUACAUAAUGACGCAAAAUGGUUAGUUAAAUUUUUAGUUUUUAGGUCUCCUUACAUUCCUCUAUGCAUUAGCUGUAAAUCCUUUGUAGGAUUUAGGAAGUGCCAAAUGCCACUUUAUAUUUCCACUAUUGAAAUUAGAAAUACAGGUGUUUUAUUCUUUACAAUUUUAAAAUUCUAGUUGAAUUGUACAAAAAUCUUUAGAGGAAACCUAAUUCCACAGCUCAAAAACUAUUGCCAUCCUUUUCACAAUAUUCUCUGCGGAAAAAGACAUUAUUUUUACUAUUUUUACUCUUGUCAAUUUUAACUAAGAUUUGUGAUGGGCCAUAGCAGACAUGCUUUUAGCAUCAGUGUAAUUUAAUUUUGCUCGAUGAACUCUUCACUCUGCACACACAAUCUCGAGUUGCAGCAAAGAGGUCGAUUUUAUUAUUUCAAUACAGGGAUCGAAAGCAGAAAGUCUGCUAAGCACGAUCACUGAUGCUAAAAGGAACGUGUCUGCUAUGGCUCUAUUUAGACAUCUAUUUACUACAACCUACAUAGAAUUGUUGAAAAUGCUGUUUAUUGUUAUACAAUCUGUUUCACUGUAACAUACCUACUCGUACAUAGACGUAGAAUUCGUCGGAAUGAUACUAUGCAGUAUUAACUUUACUGCAGUUUCAGAUUUUCUCAUAUCUAAUUCCAUAUCGCAGAUAAGACUUAAUGAAACAAUAAGAUAGGUAUUGUGUUUAUCAUGGGCCUAAUUUACCUUGUCUUGUAUAUGUAUGAAGGUAAAAUUGCAUAAAUUAGAUUAACUAUUUUUAAAUAAAUAAAUUAUUAAGUAUU